AUGCUCGCCUCCCGCAUCCCGCCCAAGCGCUGCACCGCCGCCGUCCCGUACGAGCUGGAGCCCCCCGCCGCCGCCGCCGAGGGCAUGCCGCCCGCCAAGCGCCGCCGGGAGCGCGUCCUGCCCUCGCGGUUCAGGGACUCGGCCGUCCUCCUGCCGCCGCCCGCCAAGAAGGCCUGCAAGGCCCCCGCGCCGCCCAAGGUCGAGGACAGGGACGGCCAGGUGUACGAGGUGGAGGUGCGCGCCGUCGGCCCGAAAGGCUCCGCCUUUGGGGCCGUGCAGACCGAGGUGUGGACCGGCGAGCCCGCGCAGACGGAGGAGGAGCUGUACCGGGCAUGCCGGAACAUCAGCAGGAGCGGCAGUUCGGGCUGUUUCAGUGGAAGCGUUGUCACUUCCGUGAGCAAUGCUGGUGAGAAAUGCGCGCCGGAGAAGACGCCCGUGGUGGGCGCUGUGGUCCCGUCCACGAGCAAUGCUGGUACUGGAAAUGUCGGGCUGGAGGGGAGGUCCCCGGUGGUGGAGUGCAAGCCAAAGCAGGAGGCCGAGGUCAGGAGAGAGGAUUUCUACUGGCCAGAGGAUUUUGUGCUCGGGGACGUGGUGUGGGCAAGGUCGGGGAAGAAGAGCCCCGCGUGGCCGGCGUUAGUGAUCAACCCGCUGCAGCACGCCCCGGAGGUUGUGCUCAACUCUUGCGUCCCCGGCGCGCUCUGCGUCAUGUUCUUCGGUUACUCUGCCGGCGGCCAAAACAGGGACUAUGGAUGGGUCAAGCAAGGGAUGAUCUUUCCCUUUGUGGAGUACCUAGAUAGGUUCCAGGGACAAUCUCUCCAUAAGCUUAAGCUCAAGCCAAGCAAAUUCCGUGCAGCAAUUGAGGAGGCUUUCCUUGCCGAGCGCGGCUUUUUUGAGCUCCAAAUGGACGGGGUCUGCUCUCUGGACAAGUCUGUGAAUGAGCAGUCUGUCACCGAUGGCGCACGUGAAGUGACUGGUUCUAAUAACGAGCAGGAGUGUCAAUCUCAUUCUCAGGUUGUCGUUAAAUUAGCAGCAUGUUGCGAUAGCUGCGGUAAUCGUCUUCCAUCCAAGAUUUCAAAGAAAAAGAAGCAAGAAACAGAGCAGUUACUUUGUAGGCACUGUGAAAAGCUAUUGCAGUCAAAGCAAUACUGUGGCAUAUGCAAGAAAAUUUGGCAUCACACAGAUGGCGGAAACUGGGUAUGCUGUGAUGAGUGCCAGAUUUGGGUUCAUGUAGAAUGCGACCGGACAUGCAGUGACCUGGAGGAUUUAGAAAAUACCGAGUAUUUCUGUCCUGAUUGUAAGUCUAAACGCAAGAGAGUAAUGAAAGUUGAACAAACGAGCACCUCCAAUAGUUCAGAAUUUGCCAGCACUUCAAAGGAAAAGUUGCCUGAAUCCAUACCUGUGUGCUGCUCUGGGAUGGAAGCAUUGUACUUGCCAGAAAAGCACAUGAUAUUAUGUGAAUGCAGGUCUUGCAAGAAAAAGAUGAUGACUCUGAAUGAGUGGGAGAGGCAUACUGGCUCAAGGAAGAAAAAUUGGAAGAUGAGUAUUAAACUCAAGGGCACUGGGGAGCCACUAAUUGACUUGCUUCAUGAUAUUCCGGGUGGAAAUUUCAAGUCUUCUACCCCAGGCAUUAAGAAAGAAGAGUUGCUUUCAUUACAAGCAAACUCUUACAGUCCAGUCUAUGCUAAAUGGACAACUGAACGUUGUGCUGUCUGUCGGUGGGUUGAGGAUUGGGACUACAACAAAAUUAUCAUUUGUAACAGAUGUCAAAUAGCUGUCCAUCAAGAGUGCUAUGGAGCUCGUGUCGUACAGGAUUUAACUAAUUGGGUUUGUCGAGCUUGUGAACUGCCCCAACAAAAAAAGGAGUGCUGCCUAUGCCCUGUAAAAGGUGGUGCUCUCAAGCCAACUGAUAUUGACCAACUGUGGGUUCAUGUCAUGUGUGCCUGGUAUCAGCCUAAAGUCUCCUUUCCUGUUGACGAGACAAUGGAGCCAGCUGUGGGCAUAUUGAGCAUCCCUUCUGAGUACUUUAAGAAGACAUGUAUCAUAUGCAAGCAGAUGCAUGGGGCCUGCACCCAGUGCUACAAGUGUUCUACUUAUUAUCAUGCAACAUGUGCAUCAAGAGCUGGAUAUCGCAUGGAGUUGCAAUACUCUGAGAGAAAUGGUAGGAAGGUGACUAAAAUGGUCUCCUACUGUGCGUUUCACAGUACUCCUGACCCAGAUAAUGUGUUGAUAGUGAAGACACCAGAUGGAGUGUUCUCCACCAAAUUUUUGCUCCAAAACAAUGAGAAACAAUCUCCUGCAAGACUAGCUAAGAGUGAAAAUCACCAGGAGGUUUUUCCUGCUGAAGUUUCUGAUUGCCCAGCUGCAAGGUGCCUACCUUAUGAAAUCUUGAAAAACAAGAAACAACAAGGAGAGGCAGUUGCCCAUCGAAUAAUGGGACCCCGACACCACUCUCAAGAUUUGAUUGAGGCUUUGAACACAUACAUGCAGGACCAGAAGGGCGACCGACCUUUUGCUACGUUCAAAGAAAGGCUUCAAUAUUUACAGAGAACUGAAAAUAAGAGGGUCUCUUGUGGUCGAUCUGGAGUACAUGGAUGGGGGCUCUUUGCUGUUAGGAAAAUUCAAGAGGGGCAAAUGGUGAUCGAAUAUCGUGGGGACCAAGUCAGACGUAGUGUUGCUGAUUUGAGGGAAGCACGAUAUCACAAGGAAAAUAAAGACUGCUACCUGUUCAAAAUAAGUGAAGAUGUUGUGAUUGAUGCUACGGAGAGAGGAAACAUCGCCCGCAUAAUUAACCACUCGUGCAUGCCUAACUGCUACGCGAGGAUCGUGAGCGUCGGCGACAACAAGAGCCAGAUAAUUCUGAUUGCCAGAAGAGAUGUCUCAGCCGGAGAAGAAUUGACGUAUGACUACAAAUUUGACCCGGACGAGUCGGAGGAUCGCAAGGUUCCCUGCCUGUGUAAAGCCCCUAACUGCCGUGGAUACAUGAACUGA